CUCUGGUGUCCCUCCUCAACCCGUGUCCCAGCAGCGAGUCCUGCGGCGAGGAGCCGUCCAACUGCACAGUGCCCACGUACCCGUCCUGCCGGGACAGCCAGACCUUCAGCACCUUCCUGCUCGACCUCUUCAAGCUCACCAUCGGCAUGGGCGACCUGGAGAUGCUCGAGAGCGCCAAGUACCCCGCCGUCUUCAUCAUCCUCCUCGUCACCUACAUCAUCCUCACCUUCGUGCUCCUCCUCAACAUGCUCAUCGCUCUCAUGGGUGAGACAGUGGGCCAAGUCUCCAAGGAGAGCAAACACAUCUGGAAGCUGCAGUGGGCCACCACCAUCCUGGACAUCGAGCGCUCCUUCCCGGUGUUCCUGCGGAGAGCCUUCCGCUCGGGGGAGAUGGUCACCGUGGGGAAGGGCACCGACGGGACCCCCGACCGCCGCUGGUGCUUCAGGGUGGACGAGGUGAACUGGUCGCACUGGAACCAGAAUCUGGGUAUCAUCAGUGAGGACCCGGGCAAGAGCGACACGUACCAGUACUACGGCUUCUCCCACACGGUGGGCCGGCUGCGGAGAGAUCGCUGGUCGACGGUGGUGCCGCGCGUGGUGGAGCUCAACAAGAGCUGCCAGCCUGAGGAGGUGGUGGUGCCGCUGGGGACCGUGGGGACGGCGGAGGCCCGGGAGCGGCGGCACGGCCAGGCCUCGAGCUCCCCGCUUUAGCCCGACAGGCUCUGCCCCGGGCCCCCGGCAUGGCACAGGCACAGCCGGCACGACGGUGGACUGGGCUGGACGGUGCUUGUCUGCUCCUCAGGGAUUCAUGCAGCCUCCGUCCCUCUGCCCUGGCGGGUGUGAGCCCAGACCGGGGGGUCUUGGCCCUGCCCCGGCGGUUCUGGGGGGCUCUGGCUUGCACAGAUGAGCUCCAGAGCCGCCGCUUCACUUCACCGCGCCGGGAACCUCUGCCGCGGGCAGGGUGCGGGGAGCGCGGGCCCCUCCGCCCACCGAGGCCCAUGGCUUUUGCCACACGUUUUUGCACAAGAUUUAUACGACUAUUUAUUUAGUAAUAAAGACUGACCUGCCGCCGCCGCCUCCUCCGGGCAUUGACUGAUUCCGGCUGGGAGAGCGUCGCUGCACGGGUCUGCGGGAGGGAGCCAGGAGUUUGCAGCGACCUGUGCCAUGCCGUGCCA